CCGCAAAUGAGGUUGACACAAGGCUCACAGGGCUUGCCCCCAAGGCUAAGGAGGCCCCCUAUGAUUAUUCAGCCAGCUUGGCACUACCAAGGGAUGUAAAGACGGUCAACGACGGUCAACUAACUUAGGAACCUGGAAGGCGUCGUACUCAAUAUGACUCUCAUUCUCCGGCACAUGCGCAAACAGUACGGAGUAUCUUUUCGGGGGAAACAAAGGUGCCUUGACUAUGUGAUCUCGGCAGGCUCGGUCUCCGGCGACGUCAUGCAGUCCUCAACAACAGUUCACUCAGCUCAUUUCUACAGCCAGACGACUAUCAAUAUAUCGUGAAGAAUCCAGACGUCUUACGUCCUCCGACCAGCUGAUUGUAACAUGACUAAGGUCACCUCCCAGAGAACAUUCACAGGAUGCUGGACCUGCCGGCGACGCAAUGUUCGCUGCGACAAUACGGUGCCACAUUGCUUACAAUGUACACGAUCACGCAUUUCUUGCGAAGGGUACCAUAUUCGCCUCGUCUGGGUUGACUCGAAGACUGGAGAGUACCCUCCUCAACAACGACGGUCAUAUCGUUGCGAUUUGACUUGGAGCGGCCAUUCGCCGUGGACCAAACAGGACUUGGAUCAUCUGAUUGAAGACAGCGAGAAACGACAAUGUCGAUGCACCUUGCAUGGGAUCCCUAGUCCGUUUUCGUCCUUUCAUCAACAUCACAAAGAAAAUGAGACUCGCAGCAACAACGAUGUAGAGGUCACGGCAGAGCUUUCGCUGGAUGCGCGUGCAAACAAUGAGAAUUGCGAGCAUGAAAUUGGCACCGCAAUGGCCAGAAUUUUCGACAUGGAGAAUAUGAGUGCCGUGGUUGACAUCGACAUCGACGCCCUAUUUACGCUCGGUGAUACUCACGAAACGAGACCGGAAGAGAGAGCGUGCUUUGACGGAAACAAGUCCCAGCUGACCAUGUCGGAACUCAUUCUGCACGAAAAGACGAGCCUGUUUGCCAGUCAGGACUCAUGGGGGACGACUAUGUCCAUCAUUCGACCUCCUUCUGCCUCCAUGGUGCCGGGUGAUCGCGAAGACAGGUUUCUAUUUUCUCAUUACGUUUCUCAAGUUUCAAUGUUGAUGAUACCGAUUGAAGAUGGCGAGAAUCCUUGGAAAUCGACCUACCCAUCCCUUGCGCUACAGGAAAGGUCGUCAUGCAGCACACGCUCUCUAUACAACGCGAUUCUAGCCCAAUCGGCGUUUCAUCUAGCGAGUGUCAAAGGAGCGGAACGAGGAGCAUGCGAUAAUGCACGGGCCGUGCGACAUUAUGGAACAGCAUUACGCGAACUCAGGAAUAGCUUGGCAACACCAACGGAAGAAUACAGCAGUGUGCUGGCCGCGCUGAUGACCGUCAUUUUCGUGGAAACGGUAUCCCAGGGACAAUAUCGGGCUUGGCGACACCACUUCCGAGGCGCCAUGGGAUUUGUCUCUCAAUAUCUUUCUCAGAAGCCUUGGUCUCUGUCACGAGAUGCCUGGAACAUCACACAGAGCUUUGUGCUUGACAUGGUCCUGGCUUACACCGCAGUGCAUCCUUCCACAACGACUGACCAUAUCUCCAAACUAAGUGGGAUUUUGGGCAACGUUACGAGAGAGCCUCGUUUUGGUUUCACAAUUGGGGGAAAUGCCCGUCUGAUCAACACGAUCUACCGGAUUUUAUUGCUCGAAGAGCAAUUCUCUGCUGCACGCUACCUGCAACAUGGGCAACUUGCGAAUGAGGAUCUACAUACACAGGCCGAGGAGAUUGUCCAGGAGCUCCGAAUUUCGCUGGAGGACGACGUUGACCUGUAUAUAAAGUAUCAAGAAAUCGGCAGCCUCAAGACGUUACCCAGAGCGCGGCUACUUGUCAAGCUCCAUCUACAACUCUUCAAUAAAGGUGUCUUAAUCUACCUAUUACGAAUGGUCCUGCGACAUCCACCAGCAGCCGUUGCCGACUAUGUUGGUGAGGUACUCACAGAUGCCAUAGUCUUCCUCGACAUGAACGGCGGAGAACCGUCCAUAUGGCCAGUCUUUGUCGCCGCGGUCGAGGCCUAUACCCCCGAGUCACAGGCCUUGGCGGAUCACUUUUUCGACGAAUCCAAAACGCGGGGGACUGGCACUCGGGAAGAGAUGCGGAGCGUGAUCCGUCAGGUUUGGGCAGAUCGUGAACGGUUGUCGGCGGAGCGGCAAUGUAGUGUUGGGGGAAUCGCUAUCGACUGGCGCGAGGUUACAAAGAAAAUGGACGUCGAUAUUCUUCUUCUAUGACUCUGUGGCUGUUUGUUACAAUCACAGGGUUGUGAGAAUCAUCUCAGGUAGCGGAAAACACCCCUGCUGGAUUCUGGAAGUCUUCGAUGCAAAAUUUCUCCACAUCCAGGAUGUCCAAUGCGUCCUACAUCGGAACAUGGCCGUUACCCUCCUACUUGAACAGAAAUAUCUAGAGACCCUACGUGGCAACCCAGAACGAGCCUAGUAAGACCCGUGAAGGGCUCCACCAGCCCCAUUUAUCAUGUCAAGCCAGCACACCAUCGUUGUGGACUACCUAACUGUGAUUAAACCUCACAGAUUGCCAUGAGCGAAAGUUAAAUCAAACACUGGCUGGCGCAUAGAUCUCCACUGUCGCCAUCGUCGUAAAACGCCUAGAUGAUAGUAUAUGAAUCGCAAAUGAAGACACCC